AUGGCUGGGAUUCUUGGACCGUCUUUGUUGGAGAGAAGGCCAAAUGGUUCAUGGUGCAGACCAUUGAGGACAUUAAUGCUCAAGUCAUUGAAGGAUAUUAGAGGCAAGGCUAUUAAGGCCGGAGAAGUGUUUAAACAACCAACUGUUGAGGCAACUUCUUCUGCCAGGAGGAACCAAAGAAAUGAGGUUGCCCUAGCUCAGGACAGUGUUGUCCAGUCUAAAACCUCAAUUGAAAGUCCCCCUCCUCCUCCUACUAGGUCAAAAAGACUUAGGAAGAGGACUGUGGUGGAAUAUCUGGCCACAGAAGAACCUACAGCAGCUCCUACAAUAACUUCUGGAACAGAUGAAGAGCUAAGGGAGGCUUUUGAAGCUAUAAAGCAGGAAAAAGAAGUAGAUGUCUCAACAGGAGACAAGGAGAAGACCAAAGAAGUCGAGGAAGAAGAGGAGAUUCUCGCUGAGGUGAUAGCAGAAAGCAUUGCCUUGGCCCAACAACACCAAGAAUCUCAUAGGGCAGAACCCACAAGGGGGGCAAAGUACUCUGUUGUUGCCCCUGUACCCGAGGUAAAAGAGAACAGAACUGCUAGGACUCUGGCUGUGGUGACCAGUCCUCUUAAGCCACCUAUUGUGGCUAUGCCUAUCCACUAUAUCCCUGGCUCCUCAACCACGGCCUCAUUUGCUGAUCCAGAAUUGGUAGAGUUUGAAACCAUGGAUCUGGAUGCUCAGCUGGAUAAGCUAAAGAAGCUCAACUCGACUCCUAGCAAGGCUAAGUCCAAAGCAGUGGAUGAGGCAGUGGACAGAGUAAGAAUCUAG